AAAAUCUCGGCUGACCAGCCCAGCAAGUCAAAAUGGCUGAAGCGAAGCCAGCUCAAGUCGAAAAUGAACAAAAGAACGAGGAAUUGGGAGUCCCGGCUCUGGGUAUUGAACAUGACCGAGACACGUUUCUUCCCAGACCGUCAGAUUCCCCAAAUGACCCCCUAAAUUGGUCAAUAUACUUGAAGGGGGCCAUAUUGAUCCAAGUUUGCCUGCUUGCAGCUAUCGGAACCUUGAAUACUGCCAUUAUCAACCCUGCUUAUGGGCCAUUAGCCAAAGAUUUCGAUAUCACGACUGUCAGCGCUUCAUAUCAGACUACCGUUGUCAUUGCUCUGAACGGUGUUGGACCUUUUCUAUGGAUUCCACUUACCAAUGUCUACGGACGCAGACCUGUAUAUCUCUUCACCACUCUGCUUGGAUUUGGUUCCGCUCUAGGCUCAGCUUAUGCCAAGAACUAUAAUCAGUUGAUCGUUGCUCGAGUUUUCAAUGGGCUCUGGCCCGCGGCGAUGGCUCUGGGUCCAGCAACGGUGGUCGAUCUCUUCUUCUACCAUCAGCGUGGUCGAGCGAUGGGUAUCUUCACCGUAAUUCUCACGUCGGGAGCCCACAUCGCCCCGAUUGUUGGAGGUUUGAUUGGGCAAUACUUAGGUUGGAGAUGGACGUUCAAGUUUGCAGCAAUCCUUGACGGAGUUAUGCUUCUCAUUAUAACUUUUUGCCUCCCGGAGACUCUCUACAUCCGCGAUCAAUCACGCUUGACCCGGACGAUGUUUGAACGUGAAAUUGACAUCACCCCCAAAACAUACGUCUCUCAACUCAGACUUUACUCCACAUUCCCUCAACUCAAGCUGCGCUGGAAUCAAUUCAUCAUCCCUUCGUUGAAGAUGGCAAAGUACCCAUCUGUACUGUUUCCAGCGUUAUACUACGCAUCUUCGUACGGGUUCGCGUCCAUUCUGCCAGCUGUAACUGUAGCCAGUAUUUUCUCUGAAGUCUUCCACUGGGACACUCUCGAGAUUGGACUUGCAUAUGGAGGAGCCUUGUCAAUUGGAGGUAUACUGGGCGAAUUUGCAGCCGGCAUAGUGCUAGACGCCAUCAUCAAGCGCGCCCGCCAUCAGUUUGCAGGAGCAAACCCACCGCCAGAAAUCCGUCUGAAAGCAAUUUGGACUGGAGCUAUCCUCGUCCCUGCUGGAUUAUUAAUAUACGGCUUUACACUGGCAUACCACGUCUUCUGGUUUGCCCCUCUUUUCGGUAUGGGGCUCGCCUGCUUUGGCUUGCAAGUCGUCGCUACCACUUGCUACACUUAUAGCAUCGACUCGUACCGAGCAGAGUCUUCCGAGACGUCCCAGCUUUUCAACUUGAUCAGACAGGAGUUCGGCAUGACUUAUGCGUUUUACGUCGUGAAGCUGUGCAAGAAUAUUGGAUACCAAUGGGCCUUCUUCCUCUUCACGAUCUUCAACGUGCUGGCUUUCAUCCCGGUGGUGAUGUUGAUGCUCAAGGGGACGGAAUGGAGGGAGAAGUUUGGAACGCCGAGAAAUGUCAACGCGCUCGAUGCUGACUAUGAGGGCCCUGUAGAAGUGGAUAAGAUGGGAGAAGAGAAGAAAUUGUAACAAAGAUAGACUGAUCAGAAGAACGCAGGUGCCAUGGUAGAUAUAAUGCUAGAGGUACGGGUUAUCAAGAAUGAAAGAAGGAGAACUGUCCCUGUAAGCUUCCUUCGG